AUGUGGGACCAUGCUCGACUUGCCCACCUGCUGACUUUCACGCCCCUUGCGCGACACUUUGCCUGUCCAUGUUCAUCGAUUGCCUCCUCGCCGCCACCUCGUAGGUACCGCAUCGGCAAGAAGAUUGGCUCAGGUUCGUUCGGUGACAUCUACCUUGGCAUCAACAUUAUCAGCGGAGAGGAGGUGGCCAUCAAGCUCGAAAGCAUCAAGGCCAAGCACCCCCAACUCGAGUAUGAAGCCAAGGUUUACAAGACACUGGCUGGAGGUGUUGGCGUGCCUUUCGUGAGAUGGUACGGCCAAGAGUGCGACUACAAUGCCAUGGUCAUCGACCUGUUGGGACCUUCUCUCGAAGAUCUGUUCAACUUCUGCAACCGCAAAUUUUCGCUCAAGACCGUCUUGCUGCUGGCAGAUCAAAUGAUUUCGCGCAUCGAGUACAUCCACUCGAGGAACUUCAUCCAUCGCGACAUCAAGCCAGACAACUUCUUGAUGGGCAUUGGCAAGCGGGGCAACCAAGUCAACGUCAUUGACUUCGGACUGGCCAAGAAGUACCGCGACCCCAAGACUCAUCUGCACAUUCCCUACCGCGAGAACAAGAACUUGACGGGUACAGCUCGUUACACGUCGAUCAACACUCACCUUGGUGUCGAGCAAUCUCGUCGUGAUGAUCUCGAGUCUUUGGGCUACGUCCUCAUGUACUUCCUGCGAGGCUCUCUGCCCUGGCAGGGUCUCAAGGCCGCGACGAAGAAGCAGAAGUACGAUCGUAUCAUGGAGAAGAAGAUGACGACUCCGACCGAGCUAUUGUGCCGCGGCUUCCCUUCGGAGAUGGCAAUCUACUUGAAUUGCUGCAGAUCUCUGCGCUUCGACGACAAGCCCGACUACUCUUACCUGCGCAAGCUGUUCCGCGAUCUUUUCGUGCGCGAGGGCUUCCAGUACGACUACAUUUUCGACUGGUCCAUUCAGCAAAGGACUGCGGAUGAGGCGCAGAAGAUCUCUGAGCUCAAGAGCAGCGCUGCCACUGGUGCGCCCCAGCAGCAGCCCGUUCAGCAACUCCCUCGCCGCAAAGUCCUUGCUCAAGGAGAGGAAGAUGAGGCUGGACUCAGGGACACUACUCGAGGUGCCGCAGGCUCCUACCAGCAAGCUCAGCAAGGUUCCUCGAGUCGAGUUAGACGCGAGGGCCAAGGCCAGCCUCAGCAGUGGUACUGA